AUGUUCGGUGCAUCGAUCACAGAAGCUUACGAAGAAGCGAUGAUGCGCCGACCAUCGAGCAUCUUUCACUCUCUAAAUGUCGAACAGAUGAGUAUGCUAAAUAAAUCGGUUGGCCCGUCAAAACACGGCGCAAUAAAUGAAGAAAGAGUGGUAAUUUUGGAUGCCGGAUCACAAUAUGGAAAGUUAAUCGAUCGUAAAGUACGAGAGCUACAGAUUAGGUCAGAAAUUUUGCCCUUGGAUACAUCCGCUCAACAGCUAAAAGAUUUUGGCUGUCGCGCCAUUAUUAUCUCUGGAGGGCCUAAUUCAAUCAACGAUGAUGAUGCACCUGUUUACGACCCGGCCAUUUUCAAAAUGGGCUUGCCUAUUCUAGGCAUUUGCUAUGGAAUGCAUAUCAUCGUUAAAGAGUUUGGAGGUAUAGUGCAAAAAAAGGAUAUUCGAGAAGAUGGCGUAUACACGGUGCAAGUGGACACAGCAUGCCCUUUGUUCAAUGGGCUUCAACAAGUGCAAACGGUUCUCCUGACACAUAGUGAUAGCGUCGUUAGACUUGGAGCCGAAAUGAAAGUGUGUGCAAUUUCUUCCAGCGGGAUUACUGCCGCGUUUUAUAAUGGACAACUGCGGAUCUAUGGUGUUCAAUUUCAUCCCGAGGUGGACAUAACAUUAAAUGGCAAGCAGAUGCUGGCUAACUUUCUCGUAAAUAUCUGUGGAUUGUCACCGAAUUUCACUAUUCGGAGUCGACGGGAAAAUUGCAUUCAGUACAUCAAAGAACGCGUUGGGAGCAAUAAAGUUUUGAUGCUGGUAAGUGGUGGUGUAGAUUCGACAGUUUGUGCAGCACUUCUACGGCAGGCCUUGAAGCCUGAACAAAUAAUAGCGGUUCAUAUCGAUAAUGGUUUUAUGCGUAAAGAUGAGAGUUCUGCUGUCGAAAAGUCCCUCCGCGAGCUCGGUGUUGAUUUGCUAGUGAAGGAUGCAUUUUUCCAAUUCUCGCGUGGUUCAACAACAAUCAAGGUUCCCGGCUUAUUUUAUGAACGAGAUACACCGAUGCUUUGUCAGACUAUUAACCCGGAGGAUAAGCGCAAAAUAAUUGGUGAUGUGUUCGUUAAAGUUUCGAACGAAAUAUUGAAGAAGAUGAACCUGAAUGCCGGUGAAGUGUUUCUCGCUCAAGGUACCCUUCGCCCAGAUUUAAUUGAAUCAGCAUCAACCAUGGUUAACUCGACGGCUGACACGAUUAAAACGCACCACAACGACACAGAAUUGAUUCGACAGCUUCGAAACGCCGGGCGAGUUAUUGAACCACUACAGGACUUUCAUAAGGACGAAGUUCGACGGCUGGGUUACGAGUUGGGACUGCCGGCACACCUAAUCGAAAGGCACCCGUUCCCUGGGCCCGGUCUCGCAAUUCGAGUACUUUGCGCGGAAGCAGCUUAUAUGGUAGACUAUUCUGAUACGCAGGUUAUAGCCAACGUAAUAGUAGAUUACAAGAACAAGCUGGAUAAAAAACACGCACUUUUAAGUUGUGUUACUGGAACGACAAAUAGAGAGGAGCAAGAAACCCUUUCACGUAUAUCAAACAAUAUAAAAUUAAACGCAACUUUACUGCCAAUUCGAAGCGUUGGAGUACAAGGCGAUAAGCGCACCUUCAGUUAUGCGGUAGGCUUGAGUAGUAACGAACAACCGAACUGGCCAGACAUUAUGUUCUUGGCAAAACUUAUUCCUCGAAUACUGCACAACGUAAAUCGGGUGUGCUAUAUCUUUGGCGAUGCGGUGAAACAUCCUGUACAGGAUAUCACCCCCACGCUGCUAACGAAAAACGUAGUUGGACAAAUCCGACAAGCUGACAGUAUCACCAACAGGAUUUUGCUGGAAAAUGAAUGCACCCGAAAAAUAUCGCAAAUGCCAGUUGUUUUGAUUCCCGUGCAUUUUGAUCGUGAUCCUGCGCCAAGAACGCCAUCCUGCCAGCGGUCUGUUGUUUUAAGACCUUUUAUAACUAACGACUUCAUGACGGGUGUACCUGCUCUGCCAGGCUCGGACCAAUUGCCGCUACCGGUUCUACAACAAAUGGUUGAUGAAAUCGGUAAUCUAGGCGGUAUUUCUCGAGUGUUGCUCGACUUAACCUCCAAACCACCGGGUACGACCGAAUGGGAAUGA